GCGGUCCGCGGCUAAUUAAUCGAUUUUUCACUUUGAAAAUACAUUAACGAUUGCAGUAAAUAUGCAGAAAUAUGAAAAGCUCGAGAAAAUUGGCGAGGGAACUUACGGAACCGUAUUUAAAGCAAAGAACAAAGAGACCCACGAGAUAGUGGCGCUGAAAAGGGUGAGGUUAGAUGAUGAUGAUGAAGGGGUACCAUCGUCAGCUUUGCGCGAGAUUUGUUUGUUAAAAGAAUUAAAACACAAGAAUAUCGUGCGGCUCUACGACGUGCUGCAUAGCGAAAAGAAGUUGACACUCGUGUUCGAACAUUGCGACCAAGAUUUGAAGAAGUACUUCGAUAGUUUGAAUGGUGAGAUAGAUUUGGAUGUAGUCAAGUCUUUUAUGUACCAACUGCUACGAGGUCUUGCCUUUUGUCACAGCCACAACGUUCUGCACCGAGAUCUGAAGCCUCAGAACCUGUUAAUUAAUAAAAAUGGGGAGUUGAAAUUAGCAGAUUUUGGUUUAGCUAGAGCCUUCGGUAUUCCUGUGAAAUGUUACUCAGCGGAAGUGGUGACGCUGUGGUACCGACCUCCGGACGUGUUGUUCGGCGCUAAGCUGUACACCACAAGCAUUGACAUGUGGUCUGCCGGCUGCAUAUUCGCUGAACUAGCAAACUCUGGCCGACCACUCUUCCCUGGGUCUGAUGUUGAUGACCAGUUAAAGAGGAUUUUCAAAUUACUUGGCACACCAAAUGAAGACACAUGGCCUGGUGUAACGCAGCUACCAGACUACAAACCAUUGCCAGUCUACCAACCUAGCCUAGGCCUUGCUCAGGUUGUUCCCCGACUCUCUGCAAGAGGGAGGGACCUCCUUGCCCGUCUUCUAACCUGCAACCCGGCUCUAAGAUUGCCAGCUGACGACGCAAUGGCACAUGCUUAUUUCCAUGACCUCAAUCCGUCUGUAAAAAAUGACCGGUGUUAACAGUCAAUCCACCCUUACAAGUGUACCUCAGAACUGCUACGAAGUGAGAAAAAUAAAAACAAUUCAGAGGUGCAAGAGUUUUGUGAGGAAGAUUUGAAAUAGUAAUUGACUAUAACAAAGACUAUUUGAUAAUUGUGAAAUAAGUGAAGUUUGUGGUACUCAUAGUUCAGAAUAGGUAAUUGAAGUGAUAAUUGUAUAAAAAAAUAAUUUUCAAUACAUUUGUUAUCUUUAUUUGAGUAAAUAAUGAUGUAAAUAAUCCUUAAAUCUAAUUUACAAUUGAUAUUGUGUUUCUAUAACUAUUUUUACAUUAAAUUGCUCAUAUGACAAAUUGAUCUCAUUUAUAAAAAUUGAUGUUUAAUAUUUACAAAGCAUUAGAAUAGAAACUACCAUGAAACUGUUAAUAAUAA